UCAUUUAUAUUGCCCGCAUCUCUACCACACCCACACACCUACUACAUCGCCCCUCUCAUUUAUAUUGCCCCCGUCUCUACCACGCCCACAGACCUACUACGUAUUUAGUUUGUAAAUUUUCGCUGCACUCUACUCUAAUUUUAACGAGCAUAUAUAAUAUGGGAGAAGACUCUUUGUCGUCGUCGUCGUCGUCGUCGUCUGCUGCUGCGGCGACUUCGCCGCAUGUGCUUCUGAUCGCAUUCCCGGGGCAGGGCCACGUGAACCCGGUGCUCCGCCUGGCGCGGCGCCUGGCGGCGAAGGGCCUGCUCGUCACCUUCACCUCCACCUCCGACAUCGGCGCCCGCCUCCUCUCCUCCUCCUCCGAUGUUUCUCCCCUUCCGAACUUCCGCUUCGACUUCCUCUCCGACCAGCCGUCCGGCCCGCUGGCAGCACUCGACGACCUCAUGCGCCACCUCGCGUCCGCCGGCCCUCCCUCCCUGGCCGCGCUCCUCCGCCGCCAGACCGUCCCCGUCACCUGCGUCGUCGGCAGCCCGUUCCUGCCGUGGGCGCUCGACGUCGCGGAAGGUCUCGGCAUCCCUGCGGCCGUCCUCUGGGUGCAGUCGUGCGCGGUCUUCUCGGCCUACUACCACUACCACCACCGCCUGGCAGCCUUCCCUCUCUCCGACUCCGACCCCCCCGUCUCCCUCCCCGGCCUCCCGCCGCUCUCCGCCGCCGACGUCCCCUCCUUCCUCCACCCUUCCAACCCCUACAAACUCCUCGCCGACACCAUCCUCGCCAGCUUCGGCAACCUCGGGAAGGCCCGCUGGCUGCUCGCCAACUCCUUCAACGAGCUCGAGCACGACGCUAUCGCAGCCUUCUCCUCCCUCCGCCCCCUCACCCCCGUCGGCCCGCUCACCGACCCCUUCCGCGGGGACCUCUUAACGCCCGCCGACGACUGCAUGUCGUGGCUCGACGCGCAGGAAAGGCAGUCUGUCGCGUACGUCUCGGUGGGCAGCGUCGUCGUGCUGACGGCCGACGAGAUGGCAGAGAUGGCCUGGGGAUUGCGGGACUCCGGCCGGCCGUUUCUGUGGGUCGUCCGGCAGGAGAGCCGCGGCUUGCUGCCGGAGGACUUUCUGGAAGGUUUGACAACAACCGAGGGGGAUGUGGGACGUCGAGGGUUCGUGGUCGGGUGGAGUCCGCAGGACCGCGUGCUGAGCCACCCGGCCGUCGGGUGCUUCCUGACGCACUGCGGGUGGAACUCGACGCUGGAGGCACUGUCGGCAGGGCUGCCGGUGAUCGCGUUCCCGCAGUGGGGGGAUCAGGUCACGAACGCCAAGUUUCUGGUGGACGUUUACGGAGUCGGGGUGCGGCGGCCGGAGGCGGAGGGGAUGAGGGCGCGGGCCGCCAAGUGGAAGGAGGCGGCGGCAGCUGCCGUCGCGGAGGGCGGGUCGUCCGAUCGGAACAUUCAAAAUUUCGCCGACGAGUUACGCAGUAUAGUAGUAUCUGGUACUAGUGAUACCACUAGCAGUAACGUUUGCAGCGGCGAUAACAACGAUACUACUGAGGAGAGCAUCAAGUAACAAUAUAGCAGCAACAAUGGUGAUCGACAAUGAUUGCGAAUAAUGGUGAGAAGUAACAAGUUAAUAAAGUAUAGCAUAACAUAGAUUCUUCCAUAUAUACUGUGUAGUAGCAAAAAUAACAUUGCUGGUAAUAAAUAAGAAUUUUGAUUCUCUCUCUUAGUAAAA